CGACAACGUACCUGGUAGACGGCUCACCAAAGCCCAUGCAAGGCGCCACGAUUCAUCGACUUCCUGUUUCGAGAACAUUUCGUGCGGGACGGCCCGAUGGCGCCCCAAAGGUGAACAACGUAAUGCGAAUGCAGCUGCAUACCACAUGCAUUCACUCUUGUUGUAUGUAUGUGUCUGUCCAUGAUGCAGGCGACGGUGCCUCUUCUCAUCGGCUCCCCGACCACUUCCUCCCCUGCAGUGGCCAAUCCAGCGUCCUCACGAGUCCCUACAACAGGCACAGACCAAUCCACGCCCCUCAUACCGAGCAAGACAAGCGCGGCGGCCAUUAUAGAUGGGAAUGAUAGCCAGGAGCUGCAGCACAAGGUGCAGGCGAGCUAUGCCGAGCCUCUUAAGGAGCCAGUUCAGCCGACGGAAGAUGAGGAAGCCGCUCAUCAGCAGCCAAGGGGGCGUGCGCUGUCCCAUCCGUCAUUCGUGCAAGAUCCGUGUGCGUUCUGCUCCGACGAUGGUGCGCCACCGGUCCCCCCUCCCCCUCCCGCCCCCCUCUCCCCUCCUCAGUCGUCAUCUGUGGUCAACCAGCCGCGGGCUCCCGUGUUGAUCAGUGACGUGGAGCCUCUGCCGGUCGAGAAGGACAUUGCAAAUGUCUGCUCUUCCCUGCAGCGCCUGCUGGCACACAUGAGCAGAGCGACCACACCACCGAGGAGCCCUCCCGAUGGGGCUCCGAUGGCUCAUCGCACGACGGCGAGUCCACCGCCCGACAGGAAGGGCAGUCCUGAGUCGUAUAAGGGCAGAGAAAUGGUAACCAAUUCACGUGAAUGUUGCAUUAUGAGUCAAACGGUGUCCUGUUGGGUGCUGUUGGUUUGUUUCAGGAGAGGUGGGCUCGUCGGCAGGAGGAUGAACAGAGGGAGCAGCGGGCACGGGAGAGGGCGAGCGGGGGGGCCACAUACAGCGGAUUCGCCGUCCUCUCACGCUCGGCUUCGCCGACGCCGUCACACAAGUACCGCAGCCCUCCACAGGGGGCCUGUGUUGGUGCUCGCGAUGAGCACCAGCAUCGGCAGCACGUGGUGCGGCGGAGCCGGCCCACGGUGCCGCGGCCCUUUCACUUGGCCACAGCCGAUCGGUCGGUGGAGCGCAAGCAGGGGGGGGAGGCUGAGGGGGUGCGGAGCGUGCCUGUGGUGCUGUUGGAUAAGGUUGAGUUUGUGGAGCCGGUGGCUCGCCCAUCGCAGGGCGACUCGAUAGACACGACCAUGGUGAAGGCGCAGGUCGCGUCGUUGAAGAGGAGCCUUAAGCAGAAGAGUGUUGAGCUCAACAGGUACGCAGCUAAGAGGAAAGGGACGGGCGGUGGAGAGGGUUGGACAUCUUGCUAUCUGUGUAUCUCGUCGCAGGCUCCAGGAUCGGCUUGCAGCUGAGCGUGUUGCGUGGGAAGAUGCACGCACAGAGCUCGCACAGGAACGCGACGACGCGCUCAAGUAAGGCAACGUCGGUCAGCUCUUGCCGCAAUGUCAUUGCGACUCGACUCGUUUCUCUCUGCAGGAGGGCCAACAAGUCGCGUGCCGCCCACAACACACAAGCGUCCAGGUACGUGGUAUGGGACGCGACACAGCAAGCAAUCAAAGAUGCGUUGUUUUUGCUUUGGUUCGAAGAAUGCAUGAGAAGGAUGACAAACUCGCUAGAACGCUCAAAGAACUAUGGUAUUCAGUCAAUGACAAGCGUGCCGUGGAUUGUGUGGUCCAUCCAAUCGUUGUGGUGUAUCUGUCAGGGAGAGCGAGCAGGCCAACACGGAGCUCAAACAGAAACUAGCCGACAUGACACGGCAGCUGCAAAGUAAACCAAACCAACAAACACAAGAUUCUGCAUCUACCUUUCUGUAUGUGUCAUCUCACCUGAAUCCAUACAGCUAUCCAACAUCAGCUGCAGUCGGCCAAUGGUGCCGCUGCGCCGCCGCCCUCCGCUCACCCACCCGAACCACCCGCACCAGGUGACGACCUCGACGCCGAGGUUCGCCGCGUUUUGGAGCGGAAGGGCGACGACGGCGAGGAGGGUCGUGACGUCAACGAGGGUCUGCGGCAGCAUGUAGCGGAGCUGGAGGAAAGUCUCACCAAAUCGCAGGGCGAGGUCGAAACACUGCAGGUAGAUCUCACGCGAAUAUUGGCUGUCGGCGGGCGAUUGAUCAAUAUUGUCGCGUGGUCUGUUUGUUGGCCCUUCAGGCACAGCAGCGUGAGGUGGCCAAGGCAUUAGCCGAUAGUUUGGAGGAAAACGCCUCCCUGCAGGUGAACAUCCAGGUACGUACGAGUCCACAGACGACAGAUACACGAUGACAUCCAUCUGGCAUUGCUGCCUGCCCGUCGUCUGUGUAUUCCACGCAGCAAUUGAAGGAGGAGAAGAAGAAAGAGGUAAGGGCACAGCCUUUCCCUCAGACGCAUUGUGUGCGCGUCGAUCUGUCACUGUGUUCUGGCUGUGUGCAGGAUGAUGCGCGAAAGGCCGACGUGCAUCACGAGGAGCGAUGUCGGCUGUUGGAAUACGAACUCUCCAGGUCUGAGGUCAAAGCAGACAGACUCGCAAGAGAACUCGAGGUGGGAUGAAUGCAGCUCUUCACGGCUGACACACAUUGAAGGGUCUGUGUGUGUGUGUGUGUUUGUGCCUGUGCCGCUUGUGCAGACAUUGAAAGACGAGCACGCGACCCUCACAGCACAGAAGGCCACCAUGGAGUCUGAGUCCGACGGUCAGCUACGUGGCCUGCACCAUAUCAUCAGCGAGAAGGAUGAGGAGCUCGCCAGGCUGGAAAAGCGUGUCCUGUCAUUAGAGCGUGAGGUGAGUGCUACACACAACCAGACAUGUGUGUCUAUGUGCGUGUGUGCCCAUCGCUCAGCUGGAGUCGGCCCGUCAGACGCUGAGCCAGUCUCUGAGGACCGGGGAGGCGUCCGCAUCUGGACCGUCGUCAGUCGAGAAGGCCGACCUGGUGCAGAUUCUCCGGGCUCAAGCGCGGAGCACGGAGAUGCUGCUGGGCGAGCUGGAGAGGAGAAACGAGGGGCAGGAGCAGGGUGACAAUGAGCAGACAAGCCCUCUCUUCGGCGAACGGUUAGACCAUCACAAGGACGACUAGCCGUGUUGCGUGUGCGGGGGGAGCAGGAGAGCAGGGGAGUGUUGGCAGGGGAGGCAGGGGCAUACAGACAUGGAGUGGUAGAUAGAGAGACGGUGAUACUUACUCUGUCACAUUGCCUACCGGUGUUUUAUUCGUGCGUGUUGGUGCUCUGUUGAUUGAUUGCAAUGGUCGAUUGACGGUUUUUUCUGUCGUGUGCAGUGGGUGCAGUGCACGGCACGGACAGACAUGUAGUCGACCGAGUGUUUUCAUGUACAUGUCUGUGUACGUACAAGCACGAGUCUCGAUCAACGCAGAAGCGACCCUAAGACCACUC